AUCUAUUUUCAUCAUGCCUAUCUAACCUAACACUGCUCCGAGUUUCGAGCUCCGAUAAAUAGCAGAUGAACGCCCGGCUCAUUAUUUUGAAAGGAUUUAAUAGUGUGAUAAAUAUACAACGAUUUAUUACAAUGUCCCAUUUAUUGGACAAAGUGUUAGAUGUUGAUAUUGAUGGUUAUGGAAGAUUUAAAUAUAUCUUAAUCAACGUAGAAGAUGAUGUUAACAAAACUAGUAAACAAAUCGUUAGAGGAUAUGCAAGAGCACAGUGGCAUGCUGAUAUAUUCGAUAAGGUUGAUGAAGAAAUCAAGGCACACGCUGGUCUGCGGGCUAAUUGCGUUGGCGGUGGAAGAAUUGAGCAUGAUCCUGAUGAAAAAACUAUCAAGGUUUAUGGAUAUUCGCAAGGAUUUGGCAAAGCUGAUCAUCAGGUGUCGGUUGAAUUACUGAAGAAAAAAUAUCCCGACUACAAUAUUACAUGUUCCGACGAUGGUUACUAACAAGGAGAAAAAAAUGACGCAUAUUUUUCUCGCUUGUAAACAUGUUUUUAAUUUAACAAAUAUAAUCAUAUAAAAAAUUAAAA